UCAAGACUAACUGAAGCUGUCGUUAUUCUUUGCUCCAAGUCAAUCUUUGAUCUCGCUUUUUCCUUAUGUGCAAAGAAAUUCAUGAAUAUUAUCCAACGUAUCCUCCUCUAAGAAGAUGGAGUGUGAUUUGAGGGAGAUUUGGCUGCUAUCUCUAACACGUCAUAUGAAGUAUAACUGUUUCGUCGUUGGUGAAUACUGAGCAGCGAGAUCACACAGGUGGAUCAACUAAAUUGAUGAGGUGUUAACAGGUGGAUUAACCUCAUUGGGCAGUCGUGAGAAAAAGGGAGAUAAUUUGAAAUUAAUUAUGGGCACCUGUCACGAAGUUUGGUCGCCUCCCCCGAAUGUAAUAAAAGGCACUUCACUUGGACUAGAAUUGGAGAGAUAGGUAACUUCGUGGAACUGAAAGGUAAACGAGACAUUUUCUCGCAAAUAACUGCCGUUAGUAAGAAUUUGAAUUUAUUCUAUGAUAAUUAUUAUUUAAAAAAAAAAGGAAAAAAUUAUGGGGGACAACAACUUGUCUAAUGUUAUAAGUAUUAAUAACAAGCCGAGAACCGAAGUGGAUUUAUAUUUGGAUAGCUUAGGAUUAUGGCGAAAACCUAUCCCCAAAGAUGGUUCCUGUUUCUACAGAGCUGUCUCAGAGCAGUUGUUCAAUACACAGGCAUUCCAUGACCACCUACAGAAGGCUGUCGAAGAAAAAUUGGCUUCGAGUAGUUCGUUUUCAAGUGGCUGCAACAAAGAUACCUGCGUUGAUUUAAGUUUUAGUUUCGAAGAGAGCGAGGUUUGUGGAAGUUAUACAGAAAUUAAACUCUUGUCCGACGUAUACAAACUAAAUUUCUUCAUCUAUACUGGUAUGGAUAGUAUAUAUUCCAUCUCUAAAACUGAUUAUACCAAGCAAAUUUUAUUAUUUUUUGAUGGUGUUCACUAUGAUAGUGUCUACUCAAAGUCAUUCCCACCUGAAGCAGCUCUCUGUCAGUCUGUGAUUUAUGAUAUUUUGUACCGCAACGUAUUUGAAAUGCCCACCGAAAUUGAAGAGGCUGUGAAUAUGCUACGGAAACAAAAUAAAUGCAAGCGUGUUAGAAGUAACAAAAAUUUGGCUUGCGACAAGAAAAACGAUAUGGAAUUCGACUGUGUUGGUUCAAGAAAAGAAUGUGAGAAUAAAAAACCCAGUCCUCCAUUACCUUACAGAGUUGCCAAAGCACUGGAUCCAGAUAUUUUUCGGAAUGUUGAAUUCGAUAACUGGCAAGAAGCUAAAAGAGCUGAGUUAUUGGCGAAAAGGCUUUCCGAAUUUCAGCCGGGAGAUAAAUGCCAAGUUUUAAUAGACGGAACGGACCGAACAUAUAAUGCUCAUGUUCAAGAAAUAACUGAUACGGAGGGCCAUGUUGAGGUAUAUGUAGAAGAACUUGGUAAGAAAUGCCAAGUUGCUUACGACUGUUUAAGACACGUACCUUCAAAUGAACGGUACCUAUUGAAAACCGGUAGAAAGUGCCGAAAAGCAGUAACCAUGGUUGUACAUAUGAAUGGUACGAGUCAAUUAGUCUCUAGUAAUUUGACUACUUCCACUAAAGUCAAAAAAUCUGUCGGAAGUCGCCAUGCUAAAAUCUACACCCAAAAGAAACUGAAUACGGCUAGUAGAGCUGCUAAAUUUUCCCGCAGUCUUCAUAAAUAUGCUAAGAGUUCAAACCCAGAAAACGACGACUAUGUUGCAGAGAAAGUAAAUAGCGAUAAAUCUUUAAAUAACUUCAAUGAAAAUGCUAUUUGUGAAUGCCAUUACUGUAAGCAGCUAGAAUAUGACCAAUCAAAUACCGAAAUGUUGGCGACUUCGUCUCUACCGCCGACAUUGGUAAGCGCUGAUGACUCUUCGAGCGGUAGCAUGUUUGUAACUGGUGAUCAACCACCUCUUACCAAUGUAAACAAUAACCCGACUUCUCUAUCAGCACCCGUAAAUAUGACUUCACGAAUUUCUAUAAAUCCUCACAUUUGGAUUCCUUAUUUGGAGCGAGCGAACAAUUUGGUAAAUUUCAACUUUGGAGUUUCUCAAGACCCGUGCGGAAGAGACUUACCUUUCUCGGAUUUGGCUACUUUAAGAUACUUCUACAACCUCGGUUUUGAGUACCACAAAGCUGUUAGUAUGUUACAAAACACUAACGUAACUUCUACUUCUGUACCCCAGUCAGUAUCCUCUUUUCGCUAUAAUUCGUCUAUGACCGCUCCCGUGCACAGUACACCUGUAUAUUAUCCGGCACAACACACCUACACCCACCAGCUAUAUACUAUGUACCCACAGAACUUCGCCACAGCCACUGGUCAGUCUUCUCAAACUCCAUUUAUUCCAUGUAUUGCUUAUAUGCAAAAUGUUCAAUAUUCAGGCAACACGUUGCCAUCUCAAUAGCAGACUCGGUCUGUUGCUUACCAUUUAAAGUGGUAGGUUCAAAAUAUUUUCGUGAGGAGAGGGACUAGAACAUUUUUAUCGGUACUUUCCUGUUAUCGAUGGCCAAUUUAUUUACUAAAGGAUUAGUUGAUAAACUAUUACACUCGUGAGAUGCUAGUUGGCAGACUUUAGGAAUUAGCUAUCACGACCUUAUGCUGAAGGAAAAGGUUAAGGAAUUGGGUGAUUCUUUCUGUGAAAGAAUUUUUUGCCCAAUUUUAACAUUUUCACUCUCCAAUUCUGUGUCCUUUUCCACUAAAUUUCUACUGGUAAUUUCCCCCAUAAGGUAGUGGUAGUUUAUUCCAGAAGUCCGCCGACUAACUCCACAAGUGGAAUAGUCUAUUUACUAACCCUUUAGUAAAUAAAUAAAAAGAAACAGCGAAACUGGCUGUCUUUAUAUGAAAGUACCUUUUAAUUUUUUAACGAAAUUUUUUCUUACUAUAUAUAUAUAUUUAUAUAUAUAAAUUUCUUUGAGAUUUUGAUUUUAAUGUAUGAAAUAUAUGUUACUCCUGACAUUAUAUUUAGAUAAGGCAGGUAGCCUCUAAAAACCUAAGUACUACUAUAUUUCAUUUGUUUGCGCUUUUUGUUACAUUCUGAGUUAUUUCAGUGCUCCCAGAAAUAUUCGUUGCAUUUCUCAAACCAAACACUUAAAAGAAAAAAAUAUAAAAAAAAGUUUGUUGCUGUUUAUUAGACUAACCUGACAUUUUUGUAAAAUUUUUACAUUAUCUUAUUGAUAGUCCCUCUCCCCCCAACUUCUUGUAAAGGUAUUUUUUACUCUAAGAGUUAAAAUAUUUUUAAUGUUUGUUUCAUUGAGUGUGAAUUAUAAUUGGAACAUUUUUCAUUGUCAUUAAGAAUGAUAGAGCCACAAGUUAAAUUCUGAGAAGUGGAUGGUAACUUUGCUAUUUAUUCCUGUUGAAGUCAAACUAAGUACCAGUAGAAUUCUUAAAUAUAAAAUGCAAUUUAGUUUCUCUCUUGUGCUUGGUCAAAAUGUUAAACUCCAGGGGUUGUUCAUAAUCCAAUUUUUUUCUGCUUGUUCCGUAUGUAUGUAUGUAUGUAUCCGAACAAGUCCUUGCUUUUCUAAUGACUUCUAAUAGAUGCUCUGGAUUUUAUAUUUGGAACCAGGGAACAAUUGAAACUUCAAUUUUGAUGUUCUUCUUCAAGAACCAUACCACCUCCUUAGCUAUUAAUAUUUUGUUUUUGUUACCUUAUACCUCCAACUGAAAAAUUAACAUCAGUUCUUAAUAUAUUUUCCCAAAGUUCUUUAAAUGUUUUAACUCUUGUUCAGUUUAGAAAAAAAAACAAAAAAACCCCCCAAAACCUGACUUGUUUUUAAUUAAAUAUUUGGUCAUUUCAAUAUAUUUAAUACAAAGACUUUCUGUGUAGGGCUUGCUCUAUAUUAUUGCUGAUUUGUAAAGUGUUCUAUUCAAUGUUAAUACCCAAUUUUUUUUUAUAUACUAACACAAAAUUCUCUUUACUUUAAAUGGAAUUCCAUUUUUUAAUGUUUCCUCCCAUUUUGUAAAAUUUAUAUGUAACCAAAUACAUAUACACACAUGCAUUCUUCUGUAUUCAAUUUACCAAUAUAAGAUUUGAAUUUUUACACCAUUUGAAAUAAGAAAACCUAGUUGGACAUUUCUGUAUUUUUGCUCAUUUAUUUCACUUGUUUGUUCCUUUUUACUUUGUCAGUUUUUAAAAUCAGUGUUUUGUAUUCAUUUUAUAUUAAACACUUUUUAAACCCAAAUUAUUGUUUUAUUGAUUACUUAAACUCGAUCCUUUACAGAUACAGUAGCAGGCAGUAUGUGAGUCUAUGCUGUGAAAUUAAUGACCUGGUCUGUGUUAGUGCAUGCUAAAUUGUAAAUUUAUUCCUUCAUUUCAUGUACAAGUGCUGCAUUUCUGUAAAUCUUUCAUCUAAAACCCACCAAAUUCAGAUUACACAGCAGAGCUUCAUGAAAUGUCUUCUCCGAAUAUAGUGAUUUGUUCUUGUAAUUUCUGUACAAAGA